AUGUGCAGCAUUGAGGAUACUUUGAAGCAUGAGGGCAAGAUGCCCACAUACUACAAGAGAUAUGUGGAUGACACACUGACUAUCAUGCCAGUCAUAACAUCAGCAGUCAAUUUCCUCGAGAUUUUAAACCAGUGCCAUUCCUCUAUUAAGUUUACCAUGGAGAUGGAGAGUAAAAGUAUGCUGCCUUUUUUGGGCACCCAGCUGCUAAACAAACACACACAUGUUGAGACUAAGGUGCACGUUAAACCCACAAAUACUGGCCUUCUGCUGCAUUACAAGAGCCAUGUAGACGACCGAUACAAACGCGGGUUACCAAAACCUAUGCUUGAUCGAGCAUUGCGGCUUUCAUCCAAUUGCUGUUGCUUCUCUGAAGAAUGUGAUCGACUGAAAUUAUUGUUUUCUCGACUAAAAUAUCCUGACAAACUUGUCAACUCUACUUUUUCACGUUUUAUUGCCGCCAAAGCAUCGGAUCAACCUGUUUCUUCGGCGACUGUCAGCGAUCGAACAGACCCCAUUCGCGUUGUCCUACAGUUUCAAGAUCAGGCCUCAGCCGAUAUUGUACGUGUCCAACCUAAAGAUUUGAGUCAGAAGAUCCACACGACCGUCCAGCCUGCAUUAGUCAGCCAGAAGAUUGAAUAA